CUGCCGCCCUCCGCCACCGUCCUGCACGUGAAGGAGCUCAUCGCGGCCGAGACGGCCUUCCCGGCGGCCGAGCAGGAGCUGAGGCACCGCAGCAAGGAGUUACCUGACUGGACCAAGAUUGGAGAUCUGGUUUCCAAAGAUUGUCAUCUCUUUGUCAAUCUUCAAUCAAAAGGCUUAAAAGGAGGAGGUCGGUUUGGCCAGACAACGCCGCCACUCGUUGAUUUUCUCAAGGAUAUCUUAAGGCGAUACCCAGAAGGAGGGCAGAUUCUUAAGGAAUUGAUUCAGAAUGCAGAAGAUGCUGGGGCCACAGAAGUUAAGUUUUUGUACGAUGAGACACAGUAUGGCACGGAGACGCUGUGGUCGGAAGACAUGGUGCAGUACCAGGGCUCCGCCUUGUAUGCUUACAACAAUGCCACCUUCACCCCCGAGGACUGGGACGGCAUCCAAGAAAUAGCCAGGAGCCGGAAAAAGGAUGAUCCUUUGAAGGUCGGAAGAUUUGGAAUUGGCUUUAAUUCUGUCUACCACAUAACAGAUGUCCCCUGCAUCUUCAGCGGUAGCCAGAUCGGGAUGCUGGACCCCCACCAGACGCUCUUUGGCCCGCACGAGUCCGGCCAGUGCUGGAACCUCAGGGAGGACCGCGAGGAGAUCGGCCGGCUUUCCGACCAGUUCGCGCCCUUCCUGGGCAUCUUUGGCACCACCGAGGAGACGUUCAGCGAAGGCCACUUCCCUGGGACCUUCUUCCGCUUCCCGCUGCGCCGGCAGCCGUCCCAGCUGAGCGGCAACCUGUACGACAAGCAGAAGGUGCUGGAGCUGUUCGAGUCGUUCCGCGCCGACGCCGACACGGUGCUGCUCUUCCUGCAGAGCGUGCAGGCCGUGUCGCUGCACGUGCGCCAGGCCGACGGCACCGAGCGGCUGCUGUUCCGCGUGACGGCCAGCGAGCCCCAGAGCCCGGCGCGCGAGCGGCCCGAUGCCCUCCGGGUCCUGGGCGCCGCCGUCCGCGACUACUGCCACCGAGUCCCCAGCGACAGCAUCACCUGCGCCACCUACCCGCUGCACAUCGCGCUGGAGGACGGGGCCACCCAGGCGGCGCGCGAGAGCUCGUGGCUGCUGUGCAGCGGCGUGGGCGGCCGGGGCGUCUGCGGGCAGCUGGACGCGCUGGCAGACGAGCUGAAGUUCCUCCCGCUCGUCGCCAUCGCAGUGCCCCUGGCCGGCCCGGUGGGGGACGCCGCGGAUGCGGGCGCGGGCGCUGGCUUCGCGGGCAAAGCCUUCUGCUUCCUGCCGCUGCCCCCCGGGGAGGACAGCCGCACGGGGCUGCCAGUGCACGUCAGCGGCUUCUUCGGCCUCACCGACAACCGCCGGAGCAUCAAGUGGCGCGAGCUGGACCAGUGGCGGGACCCGGCGGCCGUGUGGAACGACCUGCUGGUGGCCAGCGUGGUGCCCCAGGCCUACGCCUCGCUGGUGCUGGCGUGCAUCGCGCGGCAGCAGGCGGGCGGGGACCCGGGCUUCGCGCUGUCGCCGGCGGCCAUCUACGCGCUUUGGCCCGCGGCGGAGCGCGUGAAGGCGCCCUGGCGGCCGGUCCUCGAGCCCCUGUUCGGCCUGCUCUUCCAGCACGCCGUC